AUGCUGGCCGAUUCUCCUGUUCGUCAUACGUCUACUCCACCUGUUCCACGAGCCGAUCUCGACAAUCUGGCCUCUCAGAAUCCCUUUUCUGUACGUCGUGACGCCGACUUUCUGGCUCCCUCGCUUAUUACAGAAUUACAUGGGCAGCUCGGCGGGCGUCAGAACCUGACGGCACCCACUUCCACUUUGGUACCCUCCGCCUCUUCCUCCUCCUCCUCCUCCUCCUCUUCUUCAUCAUCAUCAUCAUCAUCGCUGUUGCCGGCAUCUUCUUGUGACUAUCUACCCUCGACUUCACAGUCGCCGUCCAACCACACCUCUUUCGUCUCUUCUUCUGUAUCUGAUUCUUACUUGAACAUGUGCUCGUCAGCGUCUUUGGCCUAUCCACAAGCAUUUCCUUGCAAUCAGAUUUGGUCGAAUGCGUCAGUUCGACGGCAUUUCGACGAUGAGUCCGGCCAACAAAGGCCCACUGGUUGGGGUCUGCCCAUUCCGUAUGCUAGAGAAGAGGAAAUCCUAGGACCCGGCUACAUCCGAGCACGAUACGGUGAAGAUGGAAUACACCCAGCCUCAUUGUCUACCGUGAUUCCAGGCCUCUUGACUCCCGAGGUCUUGGAGCAACCGGACGGACCGGCGAGCCGUAGCCUCGGACACAACUGCCUCAUGGGACAGAUCGACGCCACUACAACCCUCGUCGUCAACGGACUCCAUCAGCCCCAUCAGCGCCCGACACAUGUACAUUCCGUCUAUCCCUCAUCACCGGCCGGCCAGCCUUGCGGAGCCAGUCUUGCCGAGAUUUCGAUGUGGCCAACGACAGGUCACUGGUGCCCAACUCCACCAGGCGUGUAUGGUGCUGAGGCAGCAACAUCACCCUCGGCAACUCCAGACUCUGAUUCCCUCCCUUCUCAGACAACCGAGGCUCCCUUCGUUGGAAACGCUAACUUGGCCCCUCUGACGGCCUCCUCAGCGAUCGUCCAUAGUCAUGGAAUAUUGAUGGCCUCGUUGCCGUCUUUCCAUACGUCUGCUGACCAUCGGCUGGAUGAAACCAACCUGGCGAUUUUGAGAAGAGGACAACAGCCCAACCUCAGACAGGUCGACUCUCUGAAUUAUCACGAAAACAUGGAAGAGCGAGAAAGAAGUACCAUUAAAGGAGCGGAAUCGGUCAAUAAUUUGAGGGUACCAUUGCACCCCCAGAGAGUGGAAAUAGGGGAAAAAGGCUCUCUUCUGAUCCUAUAG